CAGCAGCAAGAGCAUGCACAGCCCCCCCUCUCCUCUGGUUCAGUAUAAAAACUCUGCACUGAUCACACUCUGUCCUUUUUUUAUUUCUCUGCGCUCAAAAUCUGGGGACGACUGUCUGCUGGGCACAGUAAUUCAAAAUGGGAAAGGAAAAGAUCCACAUCAACAUCGUGGUCAUCGGCCACGUCGACUCCGGCAAGUCCACCACCACCGGUCACCUGAUCUACAAGUGCGGAGGAAUCGACAAGAGAACCAUCGAGAAGUUCGAGAAGGAAGCCGCCGAGAUGGGAAAGGGCUCCUUCAAGUACGCCUGGGUGCUGGACAAACUGAAGGCAGAGCGCGAGCGUGGUAUCACCAUCGACAUCGCUCUGUGGAAGUUUGAGACCAGCAGGUAUUACGUGACCAUCAUUGAUGCCCCCGGACACAGGGACUUCAUCAAGAACAUGAUCACUGGCACCUCUCAGGCUGACUGCGCCGUGCUCAUCGUUGCCGCCGGCGUCGGCGAGUUCGAGGCCGGUAUCUCCAAGAACGGUCAGACCCGCGAGCACGCCCUGCUGGCGUACACCCUGGGGGUGAAGCAGCUCAUCGUCGGGGUCAACAAGAUGGACUCCACCGAGCCCCCCUACAGCCAGAAGCGCUUUGAGGAAAUCACCAAGGAAGUCAGCACCUACAUCAAGAAGAUCGGCUACAACCCCGCCACCGUCGGCUUUGUCCCCAUCUCCGGGUGGCACGGAGACAACAUGCUGGAGGCCAGUGAGAAGAUGAGCUGGUUCAAGGGAUGGAAGGUCGAGCGUAAGGAAGGCGGCGCCACUGGCGUCACCCUGCUGGAAGCUCUGGACUCCAUCCUGCCCCCGUCCCGCCCCACAGACAAGGCCCUGCGCCUCCCCCUGCAGGACGUCUACAAGAUCGGCGGUAUUGGAACCGUCCCGGUCGGCCGCGUAGAGACCGGCAUCCUGAAGCCCGGCAUGGUCGUCACUUUUGCCCCCCCCAACCUGACCACGGAGGUGAAGUCCGUUGAGAUGCACCACGAGACCCUGACCGAGGCCAUGCCCGGCGACAACGUCGGCUUCAACAUCAAGAACGUGUCCGUCAAGGAGAUCCGCCGCGGCAACGUGGCUGGAGACAGCAAGAACGACCCCCCCAUGGCGGCCGACAACUUCACCGCCCAGGUCAUCAUCCUGAACCACCCGGGUCAGAUCUCCCAGGGUUACGCCCCCGUGCUGGACUGCCACACGGCUCACAUCGCCUGCAAGUUCAGCGAGCUCAAGGAGAAAAUUGACCGACGUUCCGGCAAGAAGCUGGAGGACAACCCCAAAGCUCUCAAGUCCGGAGACGCCGCCAUCAUCAACAUGGUGCCUGGAAAACCCAUGUGUGUGGAGAGCUUCUCCCAGUAUCCCCCACUGGGGAUGAAUGGAGGAUAUCGCCAUUGACUGUGACCCUCCCCCAGGCCGCUUCGCCGUGCGCGACAUGAGGCAGACCGUCGCCGUCGGCGUCAUCAAGUCCGUCGACAAGAAGCUCGCCUCCGGCGGCAAGGUGACCAAGUCCGCACAGAAGGCCGACAAGAAGAAAUGAAUUCUCAUGCAGGACGUCCGGCAAAGAGCCACGUCCCAGCAGCGGCCCGCCGCGUCCCUCCUCCCCCGCCACCUUGCACCGUCUCCCCUGAGGCAGAGCUCUCUACUCAAGGACUGGCUUAUGCUGAUCAAAACUCAUCGGAAAAGCUUCCGCAGGAAAGGAAGGCCUGUGCCUCUUAGGGAAAGCUAUGAUCACAAUUGAGUUCACAAUCAAAACAAUAAAAUUGCCAAAUGAAGAUGUUUCUUUCGUUGUUUUUUACAGAAUUUAUGUGAUCGCAAAACAGUUUUGAGGUCUUUUCAUUUCCUUUGAAUACUAGAGGGACUCUCGCUAGUGAAGGUGAGGCAUGCAGGUGAUAUAAAGUGUGUACAAGGUUUAACGAACAAGAACGGACUGGCAGAAGUCGUUGGCCGUGAAUGUGUGCGUGCAUGCACAUGGCAUGAGGAGAGGGAAUUGCUGCCGAAGAGGAGGAGCAAGUUGAAGGAAAGUAUAAUUUGAUGCUCACUUUUCACAGACGUCCUUUUUUUACGGCGACAGCAGCGAGGGACAGUGUGGAUAGAUAAAAGCAGGAGCCAGGCCACAACCAGG